UUGGCAACGUGCUCAUUGACCUACUGGUGCUUAUAUAGCUGGACAAAGUGAGUUUAAGGAUCUUUCAUUCAUAGUUUUUAUCUCUCUUUCUCUAAUUCCUUCUCAACAUUCGUUUAUCAAAUUUUCAUUCUUUUUUCUUCAAUUCUAAGACAAGAUGAGUGAGGAAGCUGCAACCGAGACUGGAUCAUCAUCUGUGAAGCGUACAACUCCAAAGUUGAAUGAGAGAAUUCUUUCAUCCCUAUCAAGGAGAUCUGUAGCUGCUCACCCAUGGCAUGAUCUUGAGAUUGGACCUGGAGCUCCUUCAGUUGUCAAUGCAGUUGUUGAGAUCACUAAAGGAAGUAAGGUCAAGUAUGAACUUGACAAAAAGACAGGAAUGAUCAAGGUUGAUCGUGUUUUAUAUUCAUCAGUUGUUUAUCCUCACAAUUACGGUUUCAUUCCCCGCACACUAUGUGAAGACAAUGAUCCAUUAGAUGUUUUAAUCCUCAUGCAGGAACCAGUUCUUCCUGGUUGUUUCCUUCGAAUUAGGGCGAUUGGACUCAUGCCGAUGAUUGAUCAGGGAGAGAAGGAUGAUAAGAUCAUCGCAGUUUGUGCGGAUGAUCCAGAAUACCGUCAUUACACUGAUAUUAAACAACUUGCUCCUCAUCGUCUAGCUGAGAUUCGUCGAUUCUUUGAAGAUUACAAGAAGAAUGAAAACAAGGAGGUUGCUGUCAACGAUUUCCUGCCUUCUGCUACUGCUCAUGAAGCCAUUCAGUACUCUAUGGAUCUCUAUGCCGAAUAUAUCAUGAUGAGCUUGAGGAGAUAAACACGCAGUUUUACGUAAUGAUAUGCGUACUGUUUAUCUUUAAUAAUUUGCUGAUUGGCACGACGAGGGAUGAUACAGUGCUUGAAGAAUUUCUAUUUUUUUUUGUAUUGAUUUUUCUUUGUUAAAAACUGUUCCAAGAUGAGGAAAUUGUCUGAUUUUACUUUGUUUUUUUCCCGCUCAAGUUGGUUUAUUUUAAUUUUUGAGCUUGGAUUCCUUGAGUUUAUCAAAGUUACAUUUUUGUUACCUUAUGAUAUGUUAAUUUUUUGUUACCUAGUAA